AUGCGAAAAGAAAAACAGUCAUCAGCUGAUGAGAAACCUGAUCUUUAUCAGGUUGAGUCAUUUACAACUAUCGAAACCCGUUAUAUGCAAAUGCUCCUCGAAUUAGACUAUAUCCCCUGGUUCUAUAAUAUUCUCGCAGGUGCCGGCACAUUUACCUCUCUUCAGGAAAAAACAAAAUCUUUGGAUAAUGAUCAUAUGAAGGAGAGUGUUGAAGCAACCAUUAUCAAUACUAUCAGGAAUCCACCACUUCUUGCAAUAUCCUGUUUUUGCCUUACAUUGGGUGCUACUAUUAUGAUAUGGCUCUCAUGGAAAAUAAGAAAUAACUAUAUCUGGCUGGUGAAUAAGUUAUUCAUACCAACACUACUGAAUGCUAUGGCAGGACUUGUUAGUACGAUGGUCAAUAUAUAUACAGCUCAAAGCGGUGCUUGGUCAAUUAUGGCCAUGAUGACUGUGAUUGCAACUGGUCUUACCAUGGCAGUGUCCAUAGGUCUGACUAUCGCAUAUAAACUCUUCAAACUGGAAACAAUAAAGCGAGAGCAUGAAGCCGAAAUCAAGGCGGGUUUUCAUAGAGUGUUGCCCAAACCAAGCGAGAGUAUACAGAGAUAA